AUGGGCUCCGCCGUCGAAGGAGAUAACAAUGGAGGAGGAGUCGAGAGCGGACGCCGCCCCAGGUCCUCGGUCCUCAAGAGCUUCAUCCAUCGACGUAACCAGUCCGAGGGCUCCGCGCUCUUCACCUCGCCCCCCUCCGUCCAGAUCACCACAACCACCACCACCUCCUCCUCGUCACAACACGUCCAGGCCGCCUACGACCGCCUCGAGGGCAAGAUGAUGCCGCCGCCGCCCCCCUCGCCUCUCCGCACCGGCUUCGGCUUCGGCGCCCUCGGCGAGCUGAACCAGAACUCCCAGCAGGACCCCGUCCUGCGCUCCCCGAGAAAACAACCAGACGACGACCGACGCGAUCGAUCACGCUCCCCGACAAAGUCCGCCUUCAGCAACCUGUCCCUCAAGUCCAUGGCCAAGGACGCCGCCCGCAAGUCUCGCGACGUGUCACCCGAGAAACCCAAAAAGACCAAGUCGAGCACCAACCUCGCGGGCUUCCUGUCGCGGCCCAAGUCGACGCUGUCCCUCAACAAGACCUCCUCCAAGGACAAGGAGGACGAACGACGCAUGGCCAAGGACAAGGAGAACCGCACGCCGCCCAGCUCGACGUCGAGCGCCGACAUGUCCGCCAGCGCCGUCGGCGGGCCCGCGCCUCCCAUAUACGCGCAGUUCUGCAGUCAGGAUCUCGGCACGGCACUGCGUGGGAAGGCGUCGUUCGACGCGGGCAGCGGGCGAUACGGGAGCGAGGCGUCGUCGAACGACGUGAUGAACUCGAAGAAGCAGCGGCCCAAAUCGUACCACCCGUCCACGGCGAUAUCCAAGCACGAAUCUACACAAGACCUGCGGAGUAGACCGCCGGCGGGCGGUCGGGAGCCUUCCGCGUCGGAGAGAAUCACUAGUAAGGUGCAACGACCGAAGCUAUUCACGGCCUUCUCUGCUAUUGGCAGCCAGAAGACGACGAAAUCGAAGACGUCGGCCGACCCUUCAGAAAGGCAGAUCGACCCCAAGGAGAUCGAUACCCACCUGGAGGCCAUGCUUGACCGCCGCAACAUCCCCGAGAACCAGCGCUACAAGAUGCGCAACCUCGCCGAUACGAUUAAAAUGGAGUUCAUUCGCCAAGACUGGGCCGAGAUGGCUGCGAAGGAAGCUGCCGGUAACGACGGCGGCGGCGUUGAGCCGACAUCCGCUGUCACCAUGGGCGGCUCCGAUAAGGAGGAGAACCAACAAUCCAAGCGUAGCAGGGGCAGGAGUUUUACUCUUUCUAGAAAAAAGGACCAGUCUGCGUCGAACUCCCCGACGAAGAAGUCCAAGGGGGAUUCCUCUUCGAUCGGUCGUCAUUUCAGGAGCAAGUCCACCGAGAGCGUCACGAGCGAACGCCCCAUAUCUGCCAGCUCCAACACCAGCAACGGCAUUCUUUCUAAGAUCAAGUUCGGCCAGGGGCCGGGCGACUAUGUUUCGUACCUCCGCAAGGUGCAGAAGCCGGAACUCGUCGAAGUCGGGAAGCUGCACAAGUUGCGUCUGCUGCUGCGGAACGAGACGGUCUCCUGGACGGAGGACUUCAUCAAGCAGGGCGGUAUGGAGGAGAUUGUCGGGCUGCUUAACCGUAUUCUUGCAGUGGAGUGGAGAGAGGAGCAUGAAGAUGCCCUCCUUCACGAGAACCUCCUCUGCUUGAAGGCCUUGUGCACCACCGCCCUGGCGCUGCAGUACUUACACUCCAUCAAUACUGACCUCUUCCCGAAGCUCCUCCACAUGCUGUUCGACCCGGAGAAGAAGGGCCCCAGCGAAUUUACUACCCGCAACAUCAUCACGUCAGUCCUAUUCACAUAUAUCGAGUCCGCUACCCCCCAAGAACGCAUCGUCCGCGCCAAGACGGUGCUUUCGUAUCUCCGCAACCCCAAACCCAAGGACGAGGACCGCCCCGUCGGUUUCGUCUUGGACAUGCGCAAAGAGCGCCCCUAUACCGUCUGGAACAAGGAGGUCGUCAGCGUAACGAAGGAAGUCUUCUGGAUCUUCCUUCACCACCUCAACAUCAUCGCCCUGCCCUCGGAAAUGUCCACCAAGGGCGGUGCUCCCCUCGCCGCCAUCACCAACGGCAGCACGUACGAUCCCUACGCCUACAUGCACCGGCACUUCCCCUCGGAACGCCCUCCCGUCCCGGCCGCCCCCUACGUCGGCGGCGUGGAGUGGGACGCGACCAACUACCUCGCCUCCCACCUCGACCUCCUGAACGCCAUCGUCGCCUGCACCCCGACCGCGGACCAGCGCAACGCCCUCCGCCACGACCUCCGCAUCUCGGGCUGGGAGAAGGUCCUCGGCGGCAGCCUCCGGCUCUGCAAAGAAAAGUUCUACGGCUGCGUGCACGAGGCCCUGCGAUGCUGGGUCGCCGCCGCCACCGAGGACGGCUGGGACGCCAGGGACGUCCGCUACGGCCCGCCCCCGGAGUCGCGCAGCUCCAGCCCCGCGAAGAAGAGCCCGGCCAAGAAACCCGCCGAGCCGGCGCCCAAGAUCGAGAUACCCAAGCUCGACUUCGGACUCGACCGCCAGCCGGGAAGGACGCCCGUCAAGGAGAGGGAUGCCUGGCUGUCAUAG